ACGGCUGGCCUGAUGGCGGCCGGGCACCAGGGGCGCGGGGCUGCCUGGGGAGCCGGAGCUGGGCCCGGAGCCGGGAUCUGGACUGGGACCGGCGCGGGGGCGGCCGUGCCGAGUCACCGUGAGACCGGCCAGGCCCGGGUCCCGAGAGCGCCGGCGCCGGGGCCGGGAUCCCGGGAUGGGGCCGGAGGCGGCGGCUGGCCCGGCUCGGGAGACCUCGAGGGCAACGCUUUCGCUUUCCCUUCCAAGGCCGCCGGCGUCCCCAGGACCCACACCUGGGCCCCCCCCCCUCGGGAGCCGGGUGCGAAUCCUGCCGGGCCUGUUUCCUCCUCCAAGCAGCGAUGGUUCCGAGAGCUUGUAUGGGGCAUCCUCCCGUGGGGUGCCUGCGUGCGGGGGGGAGGGCUGGGAUCGAGGCGGCCAAAGGAGCUCGGGCCCCGUCCUGGGAGCCUUUACGUAGUGCCUACUGUGUGCCCGGCACUUGGUAAGCGUUGUACAGAGGCUGCCCGUCGGAGCCUCGCAGCAGGUCCGGGCGCUGUCACCCGCGUUCAGCAUGAGGACACGGAGGCAGACAGGCGUCACGCAGCUAGCGAGUGUGGGGAUCCGGAUUCGAACUCAGGACUUCCUGCCUCCAGGCCCUGCGCCCUAUCCGCUCUGCCACCAAAGUGUUUUUGCAGACUUUAAGUUAUGUUGGGAAGGAGAAACAGAACAAAAGGGGAAAAAAAACAUCCCCCCAAAAGAAAGUGAAAGUAGUCUGCUUCUGUCUUCAUUCAGACUCCAUCAGUUCUUUCUUUGGAUCACCCGACUUAAGAACAUCUUAUUGGGUAAGAUAAAGCAUACCUCCACCAAACAUGUCUGAGUCAUCCCACUUAUACAACCUUUUCAUGAUCCAUAGUCUUGUAUUAAGUUCUCAUGACUAUAUUCCAGUCACUGUGCUAGACCCUGGGGGUACCAGCUCAGAAGUUAAAUAGAUCUCCCUCUUCAGGUGUAGAGACUAGGUGGUCCUGCCUAAGAUUAUUAAAGAAUAGAAAGUAAAAAGAGGGUAAUUUUUAAGGUGAGGCGCCUGAGAGGACCAGGAAGAGCCUCAUGUGUUUGAGCUGUGCUUUGAAAGAAAAUUGGGAUUCCAAGAGACAGGUGAGGAGGGAGCGAACUCCAGGUGUGGUGUAAUAAUGCAGAGAUGGGGAAAUGGAGUGCAGGGUGUUAGGAACAGCACAAAGGCCAAUUGGGCUGAACCACAGAAGAAUAAUAUUUAAGAUGGAAAAGGUUGGGACCAGGCAGUGAAGGACUUUGUCAGACAGAGCUUUGUAUAAGAACCCCAUUAGAUGCUUAAACAUUGAGGACCCCAAAGAGUUUUUGCUUAUUAUGUGAAUUAUAUCUAUGGAUAUUUAUCCUAUUUAACAUAGGCAUUCAGUAUAUUAGAAAUUUUAAAAUACUAAGUAAUGAUAAACUAGUAGAUAGAAUGAUGGUUCUGGAGUCAGGAAGACUCAUCUUUCUGAAUUCAAAUCUGGCCUCAGACACUUAUUAGCUGUGUGACCCUGGACAAGUCAC